GCGUGCGUGCAACGGAAGCCGGGUGGGUCUCUGAGCCAGCGUGCUGUACGCGGUCCGUUGGUUCUUUUCAGUCCAUCCUUUGUCGCAAUCAUGUCCGCGAUGGGGACCCUCGCCUUCGAUGAGUACGGGAGACCGUUUAUCAUCAUCAAGGACCAAGAUCGCAAGUCUCGGCUCUCUGGGCUGGACGCUCUUAAGUCUCAUAUCAUGGCAGCAAAGGCAGUUGGAAACACCCUGAGAACAUCAUUGGGACCAAACGGUCUUGACAAGAUGAUGGUGGAUAAAGAUGGCCAGGUCACUGUGACCAAUGAUGGUGCAACAAUCCUUAGCAUGAUGGAUGUAGAUCACCAGAUUGCCAAACUGAUGGUAGAGUUAUCCAAAUCACAGGAUGAUGAAAUUGGUGACGGAACCACAGGGGUUGUAGUUCUUGCUGGGGCUCUUCUGGAAGAAGCAGAGAAAUUGUUAGACCGUGGAAUUCAUCCCAUCAGGAUUGCUGAUGGAUAUGAACAAGCUGCACGUAUUGCCAUUGAGACCUUGGAAAAGAUCAGUGACAGUUUUCCUUUUGAUCCAAAUAAUGUGGAACCACUUAUUCAAACAGCGAUGACUACACUCGGAUCGAAAAUAGUCAACCGUUGCCACAGACAGAUGGCAGAAAUUGCAGUAAAUGCAGUUCUGACUGUUGCAGACAUGGAGCGCAAAGAUGUGGACUUUGAGCUUAUUAAAGUGGAAGGAAAGGCUGGAGGUAAACUUGAGGACACCCAGCUGAUCAAAGGUGUAAUAGUGGACAAGGACUUCAGCCACCCUCAAAUGCCAAAGGAAGUUAAAGAUGCUAAAAUUGCUAUCCUCACUUGUCCAUUUGAACCACCUAAGCCCAAGACUAAGCAUAAGCUUGAUGUAACAUCUGUGGAGGACUAUAAAUCCCUUCAAAAGUAUGAAAAAGAAAAGUUCCUUGAGAUGGUGAAACAAAUAAAAGAUACAGGAGCAAAUCUUGCUAUAUGCCAAUGGGGGUUUGACGAUGAAGCAAAUCAUCUAUUACUGCAAAACGAGCUACCUGCUGUUCGUUGGGUUGGCGGUCCUGAGAUAGAGUUGAUUGCUAUUGCGACUGGAGGCCGCAUUGUUCCUAGAUUCUCUGAGUUAACACCAGAGAAACUUGGCUAUGCUGGUAUUGUCAAAGAACUUUCAUUUGGAACGACCAAGGACCGAAUGCUUGUCAUUGAGCAAUGUAAAAACUCUAGGGCUGUGACCAUUUUCAUCAGAGGGGGAAAUAAAAUGAUUGUUGAAGAAGCUAAGCGCUCUCUGCAUGAUGCUUUGUGUGUCAUUCGGAACCUGGUCCGUGACAAUCGUGUUGUGUAUGGUGGUGGAGCAUCUGAAAUCUCCUGUGCACUAGCAGUAAGCCAAGCUGCUGAUAAGUGCCCAUCUUUAGAGCAGUAUGCAAUGAGAGCAUUUGCUGAUGCACUUGAGGUUAUUCCAAUGUCGCUUGCUGAGAAUAGUGGCAUGAAUCCCAUUCUGACAAUGACUGAAGUACGUGCAAAGCAAGUGAAAGAAAACAAUCCAGCACUUGGCAUAGAUUGCCUGCACAAGGGCACUAAUGAUAUGAAGCAACAACAUGUCAUAGAAACACUGAUUGGUAAAAAGCAGCAAAUUUCACUGGCUACACAAGUAGUUAAAAUGAUCCUGAAGAUUGAUGACGUCCGUCAGCCUGGUGAAGUAGAAGAGUAAAUAAUACCGAACAAAGCUGUUAAGCCAACUCCUAUCACGCUGAAUACUCUAUUUAUUGUUUAAUACAAUUUGUUUCCUAUACUGUAACUUGUCUCCCAAGCAGACAAUAAAUUGAUGCUCUGUUUGACAA